AUGACAUCCACGCGCAAGUUCUGCUGCGACGACUUGUUCCGCUUCAACAACGUCAAUUUAGACGUGCUGACGGAGACGUACAACUUGUCGUUUUACCUCCAGUAUCUGUCCAAGUGGCCGGACUAUUUCCUGGUUCAAGAAGACCCGAAUGACACGAUUAUGGGCUACAUCAUGGGCAAAGCUGAAGGACAAGGGACGGAUUGGCACGGACAUGUGACAGCAGUGACGGUCGCGCCGGAGUUUCGACGGCUCGGGCUGGCCAAGAAACUCAUGGACUACUUGGAGAACGUGUCCGUGGAGCUGUACGACGGCUACUUUGUGGACUUGUUCGUGCGCGUUUCCAAUUCGCUGGCGAUCGGGAUGUACGAGAAGUUUGGCUAUUCAGUGUAUAGGCGUGUGCUAGGGUACUACUCAAGCGCACAGGAUGGAGAGGACGCUUUUGACAUGAGAAAAGCGCUUCCUCGUGACGUCCACAAGAAAUCGGUGAUACCGUUGCAGCAUCCGAUCACACCGGACCAGUUGUAG